AUGGCGAGCGACGGCGCGGUGACCACGCCCGCGAAGGUGACCCCGAAGAAGGCCAACCUCCUUGACCCCCACUCCAUCAAACACCUCCUCGACGAGACCGUCGCCGAGGUCGUGAAGGGCAAGGGCUAUGUGGAGAACACGCGGCUGGGCAACUGGAAGCUCCUGAUCGGGACGGCCGUGAUCGCCAUCGCGCUCCUCGCGCAGUUCUACCCGAAGAAGUUCCCGCAGAACCGCGAGUUCCUGCUCGGUUGCAUCGCGCUGUAUGUGGUGAUGAACGUGGUGCUACUGAUCCUUAGCUAUACCAAGGAAAAGGAUGCCAUCAUCUUCACCCACCCUCCUGCUGGUUCUUUCAAUAACACUGGCCUUGUUAUAUCUUCAAAGUUGCCAAGAUUCUCGGACAUGUACAAUCUUUCAAUAGCCAGCGCGGAUCCAGAAUCUAUCUCUGCUCACAAGCCUGUCCACUUCACUAAGAGUGUUACAAAAUGGUUUACAAAGGAAGGUGUUCUUGUGGAGGGCCUGUUCUGGAAGGAUGUUGAGAGACUGAUUGAUGACUACAACAACGAGCGCAAGAGCAAAUGA